AUGGCGCAGCCCUCAGAAACUCGAGUCUUUGAAAGGCUACAAUCUUAUUCCUUCACAUCGGAUCCCGAGUUUGCAAAUGGCCUCUCAAUAAUACUUGGUCACCCUGACACCCCCGCCACUGAGGUGGAGAUGAACCGGGAUGACGACCUUGUCCUGCAAGCAAAGUGUUUCUUUUUCUCACGAAAAGAAAAUCUCAACCCGGCUAUUGACUUUGCUGCCUUCAAGUCAUGGUUGGUAUCGCGGACGGAGCAAGGGCUAGGCAAUGCAGACUUGCAAAUCUCCAAAGCAUCGGACCCCACAUCUGGGCCUGAGAGUUCAACACAUCCUGAACCUGCUUACCCGUCGUCGUUUGCGCACAUUGUGGAACUCAUCACUACGGGACAGCCAAUACCUGGGAUCCAGGAUAUCCCGGACACAGUGCUCAGUGGACACGAUAUUUCUAGUGAGAAACCACGGCGACGGAAACCAUGGGAGAAAGAUGAAGUGGUGACUGCUUCCGAUGACACUGCAAGCGCUGCUCCCUGA